CAUAAUCUCGGAGAAGCGACAGGGAUUAAGAUAAGGAAGGAUGGAGGAAUGUUGGACGUGUGAGACGGAAGAGGUGUCCACAAACUAGACCCAUCACGUGUGAUCAACAACACGCAUAAGACCGUAACCAGCUCUCCAAGAUGACUAGUUUGGCUUUUCAUACAGUGUCUUGUCUUUAACUACUCCACGGCGCUACCAAAGAACGGUGUGUCGUCUCGUUGUUGUUAUCAUCGAUAUGGCUAUCGUAGAAGAACCAAUCCUUUCAAGAUUGGACCGUAUUGAUUUCAUGGUGAGGAAGCUAGAGGAGAUGAAAGGAAGCUCGAGUCCAUCGACUCCAUCGAGUGGCCGGACUCAGACAUCUUCACUGAAUCUGUCUUCACCGAGGAGGAGAAUAGGGAAAAGACACCAGAGCCGUUCGAUGGAGCAAGUGAUGGAGGAAACUAAACGUAAAGGAACGUUUUUAGAGAGACUAAACAACGUGGAGAAGCAAGUUCUUAAGCUCUGUUCACACUAUGAGGAAGAGUUUAAGGAGGCUAAGGAGAAGAAGACAAAGAAGAAGAAGAAAGGGUUGAGGAAGCUGGUUGAUAAAGUUGUUGGACCUUCUUCUCCGACUAAUAAUCACUCCAAUAGCUGGCGCCGCUAGGCCAUUCUACUCUGUUUUCCACGUGUAUAAUAAUUGAAAAGCUUUUUCUUAUUUUUCUUUCAUGAACCAAGUAGAUUCUUGAGUUUUUUAAUCAAAAUUCCACGCUUGUUUUAGUUAUUUUUAGUAUGCUUUUUAUUUUA